GAAAGGAAAAACACAUCAAUAAUUGAAUCCAAAUCAGUCCCUUCCUACUCUCAGCCUAAUAAAGUCAUUGUCCUUCAAUUGGACUCUUCAAGACACCAGUAGAGAAGAGCGGCAGACAGCAACGGAGUUUGCAGGUUGUUUUUAAGGGUUAUCUUUUUGUUUGAGAGCCUUAGUAUUUCUUGGAGUAAAGAGGAAGCUGGACUCAGGCUCAUCAUGAUACCAUGGUGGCCAAACUGUUAGGGCUGGCCUUUCUUUAUCUCACCGCCAGUCCAUUCGCCUUUACUGCUCAUGGCAACCCAGUGUAUCCUGUCCCAACUUCAUCUGUAAAGAUCAAUCCAAACUGGGAGGUGGUCUACCAGGACACUGAUGUUUAUGGUGUGGUGAACAAAGCUGUGAUCCUGGAAUGUGGCACCACUGUCCCUGAUAUAUACAUAUGGAGCUUCACCAAGCCUGGCACUGACGCCAUCAAAGCAGUGGUCUAUAAUCUGGGGAAAGGGCCGAGGAUUCAGCAGUUUGCUGAAACUCUUGGAAAGUUGACGAUCAUCUCAAACAGUGCGGCAGUGAGCAUCGAGAAGCUGCUUCUGGCUGCUCAUGGCCUGUUCACCUGCCAGGCCUUCUACAAUAUAGAUAAAGAGCCUAUAGUCUACUAUUACUACGUUCAUCUCACUGUCAGAGUCCCUGUCAGUAAGCCUUAUCUUUUGCUAAGUGAUGUGUCUCCAGUGGAGGGAUCCACAAUGUGGAUGCAAUGCAACCUGGAAAAUGGGACCGGGCCAAUUCAGUAUGUAUGGCAGCACGAAACGCGCAGCGGUAACAUCACAGUUGUUGCCCAGGGCAGCAGCAGCGCCAUCAACGUGACAGAUAUCAACCGAAACCACACUGGCUGGUACCGCUGUGUGGCCACCAAUGCUGUCAACAGUGAGAGCUCUAACCGCUUAUGGCUGGACACCAUAUUUGGUCCAGACAUUCCCCGGAUAGAUGUAACCCCGUACAGUAUAACAGAGCGGGGUUACUCAGCACUGGAGAGAGAGACUGUUUCAUUGAUGUGUCAAGCCCAGUCCAACCCUGCCAGCCAGUACGUUUGGUUCUACAACAACUCCCAGGUGUACAGCGGGCCGCAGUUCACCAUCACCAAGGUUCUUCGCAUGCACACAGGAGAUUAUGCCUGCUUGGCCCAGAACACAUACCUGAACACCCGCUCCAAAAAAACCAUCAGCCUGACUGUCUACUACCCUCCUGAUGGCUCCCCCUCAUGCUCUGUGGAGCCAGCUCUGAAUCAUACCGCUCUAAAGCUGCUCUGCACCUGGCCUGGUGGGUUCCCCUCCCCGUCACUGGACUGGACUGGGGACCUGGAAAAUGCUAGAAAAAUCCAGGCUGACACUGAACAGCAAUCUAAUGUACAAAGUGGCACUGCAAUCCUUCUACCCUCCGGGAACUUGACUUCUAACAACACCUUGUUCAGAUGUAUGGGCUCCCAUCCUACCCUAAAACAAUCCACAGAGUGUGGCACACGCACAUAUAUUCCCCCUGCAGAACCAGUAUGUUUUGCCUUUGUCACAAACAAUCAGCAAUAUCUUAUGCUGUCCUGCUCCUGGGAUGGAGGGGCCCCAAAGGCCUUAGUGUGGUGGGAGGGACCAGGGGGCCAAAGCAAAGGAGGACAAGAAAACUCCAAUAUUCUAGUCCUUCGUUAUGGAACUGCACGAAGUGGGAAACCGUAUACCUGUUAUGCUAAACACCCACUUCUGAUGGAAGCAAAGAGCUGCAGGCUCACAUUGGAGGCCCCUGUGUUGCUGACGCAGCGCAGAGUCGUGUCAGUGUACGAGGGGAGCGACGUGCAGCUCACCUGCAAUCUAAGAGCCAAUUACCUUCCAGCCAAAGAAAUUACUUGGUUCAACAAUCAAGGCAUAGAUGUCAGAGACACCCCUAAGUAUAUGCUGCUCCGGACGACCGGCUGGGCCAACCUGACAGUGAGAGACGCAGACGAGAUGCAGGACAGCGGAGAGUAUAGAUGCUCCACUUCAAACGCAGUGGGAGGCGCUGAAAUCAAUGUAACUCUGGUGGUCAAGAAGCAUCCUAUGCCACCCAAUGCAACCCUGAUUAGAGCAACAUACAACAGCCCAAAGCGUACCGAGGUGGAGCUGGAGUGGCAGCUAGAUGGUGUGGAGGAGAAAGGAGGUUGGACUGGAUUCCAUCUGGAGCACCAGUGGGUAUCUGAGCGACCAAACAGAAGAGGAAGCAGCAACGAAUCCCAGCUGAGGAUGGAAGAGAGGAUUGGUCCCCAAGACUGGCAGCGCACCAUCAUCCAGGAACCAGAUGCAAGGAGUCACACAGUAAGAGGACUGACUCCAACUGUUACCUACCAGUUCCGCAUAAUACCCAUCAACCAUCGCACGAUUGGACACCCCUCUCCAACAAAAACUCCAGCGGAACCGCGCCACAACAUGUACCCAGCUGUGAUUGGGGCGGGUAUAGGCGGAAUGCUCUUUGCAGCCAUUCUCACAGUCCUGCUACUAAUUUUCAUAAUUCGCAACCGCCACAACAAUCCCAGACUGCAUGACAUGCUGUUUGGCUUACAGCACAGCCAGUCAAGAGAGAACAUUAAUUUUCCAGAGGAUGAAAUGUUCAGAGGGUCAGAGGGAAUAGAGGACAUUGGUGGAUCAUCCAGCCCAGGCCCUGCUGUGUCUAUACCCAGGGCAUCCUCACCCCUCACCACCUCACACCUGAGUGCCACUCCCACCCCUAGCAGCCAAGCGCCUCCCCCUGGAGAGGAUAACGAGCCUGUCAGCGUCACAAUUACGGUCAAGGCAACUGGAUCCUAAAAUAAAUCACCAGCAUGUCAACUGCGUUUCAAACUGGAGCUCCUGUAUAUAGUUUAGUGAACCUAAAGCAAAAUUUAGAUGUUCUUGUAAAAAGAUCCUUCACAGAUGUCAUUCCAAGCUAGCUGAACAGAUAAAAGAUGUAUAAUUUGUGUUUUGUAUUUAUAUU